AUGACCCUGGAUGAGAUCGUUGUUCCGUCAUUUUUCACGAAAGGCAGCAAAUUUCUUCUCUUAGACAAUCAGUCGAAACCGUUGAAAGCGGUUCAGACUGUGACGCUACGCGUGGACCCGUAUGGACAUAUCGUAUAUUGGAUGCCAGAAAGAAAAGAAGCUCCAAACUUCGUCUACAUCCAAGAUAUUGUCGAUGUAAGAACUGGGAAAUAUGCCGCUAGAAAUCACGUUUCUAUCAAAAAUUUUCUGAACAGCGAUCAACUCCUGUUGACAAUUGUCGAUAAUGUGGACUUUAUUCAUCCGAACUUCACGUCAUUUGUUUAUUUAGAAGAUAACGUGAAAAACCUCAAAACAUGGGCAGAAUUCUUAUUCCAUUUGUCCUUCCGAACACGUCGACGUCAUUUUGGUGUUCUUCAUCAUAUACGAAAACGUCUGACUCCAUUUUGUUAUGCUUCAAGCGUGGAACACUACACAAAAGACGACUUAAAGGCCAUACUCAUCGAAAACGCCAAGAAUUUUUCAUCAACGAAAUCUCGAUCGGAUUCCAAAAAAGAAAGCUAUCCAGUAAUGGGAGACUUGACAGAUAGGAAAUUAGUGGAGAUUGUUCUCGGAAUGGGAGAUGUUCGAGGACUUCGAAAAGUAUUUGAUGAACUGUGCGAUGAGAACAAAAAUCAUAUUUCUCGACGAAGUUUCCUCCGUUUUUUGCGAACCUAUCAACGAGAUCCACGUCUUAACGAAGCUCGACAUCCACUCAUUACUGAAAGAUCGAUGGAUAUAAGGCUUAAGCAUAUUGAGUGCCCUUUAGACGCAGAUAUUUCGUUCGAAACGUUUGUACACUAUUUGUGGAGCGAUUUUUGUACCGAUGCUUCGGCUGUGUCAUUGGAAGACGUUGCCGAUGCAAUGCAUGCCCCACUUCCUCAAUACUUCAUCAAUUCGUCACAUAACACUUAUUGUACAGGUCUCCAAGUUAAAGGCGCACAUAUCAUUCCGAAUCCGAAUUCUUUACACAAAGAAGCUAUUGCAGAUGUUGAGAUAUACAGGCAGGUGGUGCUUCUUUCUGGAUGUAGAUGUAUUGAAUUGGAUUGUUGGGAUGGAUCAGAUGGACCAGUUAUCACGCACGGUCCAUCUACGGUUAUGAGAAUGAACGAGAUAUCAUUGAGUGAUGUCUGCUCAGCAAUUGCUGAAAGUGCAUUCAAAACGUCACCGUAUCCAGUUUUAUUGUCGAUUGAAAAUCAUCUCAGUAAACACCAGCAGAAGCAAAUGGUGACCAUUUUCCGUAAAUCGUUCGGCCCUAAUCUGCUUGUCAGUCCAUUGAAGACACAUCCGUUAGUGGAACACCAAGAACUACCGUCACCAUAUGCGCUGAGACAUAAAAUCCUCAUUAAAGCGAAGCGACGACCCGAAAACGAGGAUCAAACGGAUGCAUACAGGAAACUUAGCACACUCUCCUCGAUUCCUUCAGGUGAAUUGGAGUUGUUAGAGGAUGAAGUACGAGAGCGACAAUUGCGUCCUGUAGAAGAGGAAACAUCCUCGAAAGAUCUGUCAAAUGUGGUCAACUACCUGACCGCAGAUAAAGCUCCGCAUACAUGGGACGUAGAACCUCGACUGUUCUUGAUGUGUUCAAUCGGUGAGGAUACGUCCAUGAAGGUUUACAAGGAUCAACGUCUCGGAAACAAGCUUAUGAAACAUACCUCAAAGAGACUUGUACGAGUGUUCCCAGCAAACAUGAGAAUUAAAUCCGACAAUUACCUUCCAAAUAUCCAUUGGAUGAUGGGAGCUCAAAUGGUGGCGCUUAAUUUUCAGACAAAUUGUCCAGAAAUGCUGAUGAAUCAUGCGAUGUUCGAGCAGACCGCGUCCUGCGGAUAUGUGAGAAAACCGGACUGUUUGAACGAUCCAUCACUGGAUUUCGACAUAUACAAUAGUUUCGUCCCACAUCGGAUGCCCGUCACUUUAAAAGUUACCGUAUUAUCUUCGAUGUUUCUAACGCAUUCGGAAGGAGCUGCUGAAACGUCACCAUUCGUUGUUUCAAUCGAAUUAUUCGGUAUGCCGCCUUACGACAAAUCGGCAAGCUUUCGCGUCUCCUCUCUUGCUAGCACCGGGAUUUUUACGCACUUCAAAAAGGAUCAAGCGGUUUUUGAAAAGAUUCUGCUCUCGGAGAUGACAUUUCUACAGUUUUGUGUUUUUCGUCGAUCAAUGAAUGGGAUUCUUGUACCGUUCGCCUAUAGAACUCUCGCUGUUGAAAGACUUCAUAACGGCUAUCGACACGUAAUUUUACGAUCAGCAGGGAAUCGAAAUCUCGGCCCAAUGUCAUUAUUUGUAUAUUUCGAUGUUUUUUAUUAUGUAAUGAGAACACGAAUUGCAAUUCACAGCGCACUCAUGAACCCAUUCCGAAGUGAAAGAAAGGAAGAGUUACUAUCACUUGCAUUAAGACAUCCAUUUGCGAAACACGAACCAGACGUUGAAGAUGAUGCGUAUCGGCAGGCGAUUGUUGGCACGGCGAAGAAAUCGAAGGACGAGGCUCAGCAACCGACACCGCCGCCUUCACCUGUUCCAGGAUCGUUCAGCUCCAAAGCGGCAAGGGCGUUUCAACAAAUUCGGAAAUUGUUCUCCGGCUGA